AUGAGCAAGCGCUUGUUUAGCAUAUCCUAUCUCAAUCUAAAUUCGUCAACAUUUUCAGUCAAUAACUUGUUGAGUUAUGUUCCUCGAGCACUUCCAAGGAAGAAGAAGUCUUUGUCAAAGUCGCAAAGUGGAAAGAGGGUCGUCGCUAGUGCUGACACGGCUGAUGUUGCCACAAGUGAGGUUGAGGUUCAUCAGCACUCACAUUACAAAAGGUCUACCCAUCCUACUUCUGUCCCGAUUUCGAAAUUGUUUAGCAAUACGUUUCCAUUAGGAGUAGCCGAGUCUAUUGACCACUAUAAACUACGCAAUGACCCACUUCAAUUUCAACAUGAUCUACUUUCAACAUUACCGUUUUACCCAAAUAUGGAUGCACUAGGUAGGACGUCGAACGUGUUGAAAGUACCCAUCGACGACAAGGGAAAUUACAUUAAUGAAUUUGUAAUUUACCCUGCUGGCAAAACCGAAGCUGACCUGGCGUCAAUGAAGCAUUUGGUAAUGAUUCAUGGUUACGGUGCCGGUCUCGGGUUCUUUCUCAAGAACUUUGCUGCUAUAGCUACACGCAAUGAUUGGUGUAUACAUGCGAUUGACCUAUUUGGAUACGGUUGCAGCUCAAGACCACAUUUCCACCCACAAAAUGUUGAACAAGUUGAAAAAUGGUUUUUUGACUCUUACGAAGCUUGGUUUGCUCAAAAAAAUAUUGAAAAGUCAAAUAUGUUGGUAAUGGCACAUUCUAUGGGUGCUUAUUUGAUGGCAUGCUAUGGCAUUGCUCGAGAUCCUCAUUUUUGCAAAAAAAUAAUCAUGGCUUCACCGGGGGCUAUUAUUAGACAUAAGCGUCAAAUUCCAGUUCCAGGAUACUUUAAACGUCUUUGGGAAAGAAACAUAUCACCAUUCACAUUGGUUCGUAAAGCUGGUCCUUUGGGUUCGAAGGUGGUUAGUGGAUGGUCCUCGAGAAGAUUUGCAAAGUUGCCCAAAACAGAAGCUCAUUUAUUACACAAAUAUUCCUACGGAAUCUUUCAAGCUAGAGGGUCAGGCGAGUACAUGCUAAAUUUCUUGCUUGCGCCAGGCGCUGACGCAAGAUUUCCUUUGAUUGAAAAGGGAAUAGACAAGCUAAAAUGUGAUAUGACAUGGUGGUAUGGCGAUGGCGAUUGGAUGGAUAAGGCCGGUGGCCAGCUGUGCAGUGACAUAAUUAACAACCUGGCAGCUGCUGAAGGUAGUUCGCAGUAUAGCGAUGUCAAAAUAAUCAAAAACAGUGGGCACCAUGUGUAUCUCGACAAUAUUGAGCAAUUCAAUAAUGCAGUUUUAGAAGAGAUGGAUAAAUUUUAA